AUGAAUGACAGGCCACUCACAUACGUAACAUCAGGUUCGUCAGAUCAAGAACCCCUGACUCCAGCUCACCUUCUCUACGGCCGGAGAUUUACUACGUUACCGUACCAGAACUCUACAGAUGAUUCAGCGACGAAUACUAACCUUAACAGUAGACUUAUCUCGACAAGCAAGACUUCAGCAGAAGAACGGUUCGAUAUAUGUGUGGUUGGAGCUGGUCUUUCAGGUGCAGUUAUAGCGGAAAGAUAUGCAUCAACAACAAAUAAAACUAUUUCUAUGAUAGAAAAACGAAAUCAUAUUGGAGGGAACUGUUACGAUUACACCGAUAUUGAAACAGGUAUUCGUGUAUCAAAAUACGGGGUCCAUCUUUUCCAUACUAAAUAUGAUCGUGUAUGGUCAUAUAUUCAACAGUUUGGUAAAUGGGUUCCAUAUGAACUUAAAGUACAAGCACUUAUUCAAGGAAAACAUGUUCCGGUACCAGUCAAUAUUGAUACAGUCAAUACAUUAUUCAAUAUUCGUAUUUCAAAUGCCGAUGAAAUGAAGAAUUGGCUGCAAAAUGUGCAGAUUCAUUAUAAUCGUUAUCCAAUUAAUUCUGAGGAGGUCAUCUUAUCAAGAGUUGGUAAAGUGUUGUACGAAUAUAUAUUUAAACCAUACACUUUUAAGAAAUGGAACAAAACUCCAGCGGAACUUGAUCCAUCUGUGCUUGGUUGGAUUCCAGUAAGAACAAACUGGGAUAAUCGUUACUUUACUGAUCCUUAUCAGGCCGUGCCAAAAGAGGGCUACACAAAAAUGAUUGAAAAUAUGCUCAAUUCAACACUUAUAACGUUGAAAUUAAAUACAGACUAUUUUAAGGUUUCUGAGCGAAUGGAAUGUGGAAAAACCUUUUUCACUGGUCCGAUUGAUAGAUAUCAUGCAAAAUUUGGGCUAGACCCCUUGGAGUAUCGAUCAUUACUUUUCGAAAGAAAAGUGAUAAAAAAUGUAAAACACUUCCAGCCAACAUUGAUAGUGACCCAUCCAAGCUCAGUGGAAAAUUUUACACGAAUUGUAGAAUACAAAUGGCUAGAUCAUGAAAAAUACAAUUCAAAUGACACAGUUAUUUUUAUUGAAAGGUCGACAGAUAUCGGUGAGCCGUAUUAUCCGGUACCAAAUAAAAUGAAUGAGGAUCUGUAUAAAAAGUACCAGGCGUACACACAGUUAGAAAGUAACUUACACUUUCUCGGUAGAUCAGCGAAGUAUGAAUAUUUUGAUAUGGAUGAAGCAAUUAAAAAUGCACUUGACACAUUUUACAGUGUGUCAUGA